AUGGCUCGUAUGCACUCUAAGGGUAAAGGUAUCUCCUCUUCUGCUCUCCCAUACAGCAGAAACGCUCCAGCUUGGUUCAAGUCUUCUCCAGACUCUGUUGUUGAGCAAAUCGCCAAGUACGCCAGAAAGGGUUUGACCCCAUCUCAAAUCGGUGUCUUGUUGAGAGAUGCUCACGGUGUCACCCAAGCCCGUGUCAUCACUGGUAACAAGAUCAUGAGAAUCUUGAAGUCCAACGGUUUGGCUCCAGAAAUCCCAGAGGACCUAUACUACUUGAUCAAGAAGGCCGUCUCUGUCAGAAAGCACUUGGAAAGAAACAGAAAGGACAAGGACGCCAAGUUCAGAUUGAUUUUGGUCGAAUCCAGAAUCCACAGAUUGGCCAGAUACUACAGAACCGUCUCUGUCUUGCCUCCAAACUGGAAGUACGAAUCUGCCACCGCUUCUGCUUUGGUUAACUAG